AAUAGAAAGAUAUAAAUAGAAACGUGUAUUUUACGUUGUGUUAUUUCGUUUUAGAUCAAUAUUUCUCAAAAUAUUAAUAAAAUAGUAUUAAAGAAACUGUGAAAAGGUCUCGAAGUUUUACAGUGUUGCGCGGACUGGUUUAGUUCAGACGUUUGUCGCCAGGGGACCAGUGUAAAUAUUUGGCAUUCUUCGCAUUCCGAACUUGCAGGUUCGAGUAAAAUGUCAAAUUCUUUUCUCAAGUUUACUGUUUAGUGCGGUACGGUCUGGAAAAAAGUACAAUUCGACGGUACCGUCGAUAAUUCGGUAGUUUUUUUGGUGAAAUUAGUGCUUCCCUGCGCAGGAAAAUCACCCCUAUAGAUACAGAAAGGCAGGACAUUUCCUUUAAGACCGACAUGAUCACGUCUCAUUCGACAGUUGAGAAAUACGGUGGUUCCAAUAUGGACACCACGGAUGAGUCUCCUUUGGACGUCCUAUCCCGAGCAGCUACCAUGGUACAGGAGAACCAACAGCAACAAGCAGCACUAAAUGACGAACCAAAUAAACAAAACAAGCAAACGACGAAAUGGAAAAGAGAUCGGAGACGUUUGUUGCCAGAAUAUUCCAGAAAGUCGGAUCCAAAAGUCCCCGAAAUUCUAGGUAUAGAGCCGUCCAGUCCAGAAGCCAGUAUAUCCAAUGGAACCAGUAGUUUAGGAAAUGUCAACGGAUUUCAGUUGAAAAAAGACGCAGAUGCCAGUGCGGACGCUCCUCUGGACAUGAGCGUGCGGCAAAGAGGUUUGCCACCUUCCUACGCUCAAACCAUGAGCAAUCCCGGCUACAGAUCGUCGUACAAGAGCGACUACAAAACCAUCGUCAUAUACAACGGUGUCCCUCCCUUGCCUAAAGUCAAAGAAGAAUUACCAGCUGGAAUUUCUAUGUGUGAACCUGACAUAGAAGAACACUUUAGAAGAUCCUUAGGUAACGACUAUCACACACUUUUUCAAAAUAACGGUGCUGCGGCAAAGGAGGAAGAACCACCAGCGAAACCUCCACCGUCCCCACCAGCUCCAAAGACCACCUCCAACGUGAUCGAGUUCAUGGAUGACGCAGGCCUGAGCGUGGACGACCAUUUUGCCAAGGCCCUCGGCGACACCUGGAAGAAACUCAACCAAAAGGAGGAACAACUGAAAAGCAGAGAAUCCGAAAACAAUUUGCUAUCGGCGAAAAACUGAACAAAUUCAAUUUAGAAUUACUAGAAUUAUAAUUACUGAGCCUGUUUAUUGAGUGUGAUUUAAGAGAAUUACGAUGCAUUUUAGGAAUACUAUUUCCAAAUUUACUUGUACUAGGUUAGGACUUGGCACCGCCUCUGUAGGCAUCGUCUGGACAAACAGCUUUAGAGCCCCAAACCAAUUCAAAAGUGACUUUGGAAAUAGUUUAAUGAAUUCAAGUAAAUUGUAAUGGAGUCGUUUCUUAAUCAGGGGAGUUAGAAAUACUAUUUUUAACUUAGCUAGUUUUUUAAAGAAAUUUGUUUAUACCGGUCAAAAAUUUAAGUGUUUUUACAACAUUUAGAAUAAAUAAAAUAUUGCUGUGUCUUUUUGUCCAGGAUUGACAACUGCAAACUAAAUCAGAAUACAAUUUUAGGAUCUUUAUAAUUAUACUUAUUCAUUAACUUAAUAAUUUUAUUAGUAUAAUAUGCACUUUUUGCAAAAAAUUAAGGUCUCUCUAUUAGUCACACUGUAAAAAUUUAAUAAAACACAAUUUUGUAGGAUGUAAAAAUAAAACAGCGUCAAAAUGGGUUAUGAAACGUCAAACGUAAUUUCUGUCAGGUCGACCUCUCCGCUAUAUGACAUUUAUUAAAAUUUUGCAUAAAAAUAUAUU